AGGAUCAGGCACUGACUUACCCGUGCAGUAGUAGUUGCGCCUUUAAUUAUCAAAAGCGCCGGCUGAUUGUGAUUUCUCAAACCAAGACUAUAGGUGUAAGUUUGUAUCUCCCAACAUUCAUUAUGAAGUUCUUCAGAAUGUAGAUGUACACCCCCCAGAACGACGUGUUUGCCAUGGCGACGAUAUAAGUCACGGUGAUGCAUGGCAUCCCGCUGAGACUGAUAAAAUAUCCCUGUACAACCUACAACGCAUGCACCUAAGGUGCAUGCGUUGCCAGCCUCCUGAUUAGCAAAUGCCAGUAAAUGUAGUCUUGAUCAUCUACUCGCCCCUGCAAAGAUAAACUUAAGUACUUACAUUUUUUCCCCACAACGAACCAACCAAUGUGUGACUUUCAUGCACCAGCGGAAAACUUGAAAGUGAAAGCUUGCUGUCAGCAUUUUCACCCACGUUUGCAAAUAAUCGUCCUGCUCGCGUGUUGACACCUCUUGCUUGAUGCCGGCGUGGUCGAGACACCACACCUUGCAGCAGACCUUGUUUCUGCUCAACACCCUCAGUCGGCCUGGAGGAAGCUUUAUUUUCGCUUUUGCAGGACCUCCUGCAAGCGAUCUAUUGUUGUCGGAGAAGCAAAGCCAAAGGCAGCAACAUUCGCAGCUGCGUGGAGCAAUCGCAGGAGCUGCGGCCAAAGGAAAAACUAGUGCAAGCGCCCCGUCGAGAACUGCAACAGUAGCCGACGAAGAAGUACAAGAACUAGAGCGACAUGCGGCUUCAUCGCGGUUCUUGUUCCUUCAGAAAAGGCAGGGUCAACAAGGUGGGAUAAGCAGAAGGGCAAGGAAGGUGAAAGUUCUCUCGACGUCGACGUCCUCCGCGUUAAUAUCCGGUGCUUCUCCCAAGCAGAGCACGGAGGUCGUUUCUGAUCGAAACAAAAUAAAAAGUGCAGAGGACCACAUCAUCAUCGCAUCGGAGUCAGACGAGACGAAGGAGAGAAGUCCUCGGAGUAGUAGAACCCCCGCCGCGACAUUAUUUUUAGACACAGGAGCUGCAGCAGAAG